CGCGUUCACAACAUUAAAAUCAUAGAGAAAAGUAUUAUACUGGAGAAUUAAAAUUAAUACAUUAUUAAUUUGUAUUCUGUGAAAACUUUGAUUUUUUAGUAGAAUUUAUUAAAGUAAAGAGGUUACUCUGCAAACAAUCUUUUUGGUUUACUUAUCUCCUAAUUCUCAAAUGAUGCAAGUAAAGGAAAAUAAUAUAGAUGCUGGACGAUACACCACUAAUUCAAAAUCUAUUGAAUUUGGACCUUGGCAUAUAUCAUAUGAUGUAAGUUGUAUCUUGCCAAGUGUUUGUUCUACAAAGGUUGUGUGUGAAAGGGAUGAUGACCAGUUUUGUCAGUUUUGUAUAUACUGCAAAGAACUGGAAAUUCCUCAUUUCCCAGAUAUGGUGUUCCCGAAGAAUAUAUUGACAUUAAACUAUGGAACUAGUGCUAAAAUAUCCUUCGAACCUUUGCAUGCUUUGAAACGUGUGGCUAACACUGUGAGAGCUAUAGAGGUAUCAUGUUCUGAAGCCUGGCUUGAGGCUCGUCCUGAUGCUGCAAGGAAAAAGAAGACAUUUGAUUGGACUUUUUCUACUGAUUAUAAAGGAACUUUGUCUGAAAAUAUAGUUGUAGAGCCAACUGAAGAAACAAUUAAUUUUGAUGUUCUGAAACAGAAAGACCAAAUACUCUUUUAUCAUGAUUUAACAUUGUUUGAGGACGAACUACAUGACCAUGGGAUAUCUAAAUUGUCUGUCAAGAUUAGAGUAAUGCCUUCCUACUGGUACCUAUUGCUGAGAUACUUUUUGAGGGUUGAUGAUGUAUUAGUAAGAUCCAAUGAAACAAGGAUGUUCCAUAUGCUUAACACUGAUUAUGUGCUCAGAGAGUAUACUGCAAAAGAAUCGCAAGCAAAAGAUUUACAUAUGCCAACAAGUCAAAUGAAAGAAGCAGAUGAUGUUAUUCCAUUCCUUGCAGUUAAAGAAAAAGUUACAGAAAAAAUAGUAUUUAAGGAGCCUAAUUUAUAGAACCUAUGAUCUCAAUUACAAUGUAAAAUAUAAAGAUGUAGCAAUAAAUUAUUAUAAACGGA